UGAGAACUGCUUUUUAAAAAUUAUACCUUCAGAAUAUUCAGAAUGGUUAUUUAAUGAUUGUCCGUAAAAUUCUAUUAGAAACAGCUGGAAUUUAUUGCAUUAGUGCAUGAGUGAAUUCAAAAUGUACACGUUAAAAAAAAAAAGUCAAAGGUAUUCCUGUCAUUGCGCGCGCGCGCUCUUUCUGUGGGACGUUGGGCGUAAGAGCGAGAGAGAUUCUUAGAAUUCUAACCACCACUCAUUAAUAUUCAUUAGGCUAAAUUUUUGAGCGAAGUGAUUGGCUGUCAGUUCAAAACACUCCAAGCGUGUUGUGCGGGUUCAUUAGAGUGGGCGUGUUUACGCAUGUAAACUUAAAACUACAAACUGAGAUGAUUCAGAAGUGUGCGAGUGUUUGAAGGAGACGCUCACUGCUAAAGGAGGAAUUUAAAUUGAAAACAGUGACGAACCAUAACAGAUUACCAUGGACAUGUUCUGCUGAGGCGGCUUACAAUACUAUCUUAAGAUAUCCCUUCUUUAUUUUUAGCGGGGUUUUUUUCCUAGAAAAACUGAAAAUGUUGGAUAAUCGGACUGUUGACCUGCGUUUAGAUCAGCUGGAAGACGUGAGAGCGAAAAAUGCUAAAGAACACUUUGAGAAGCAAUAUAAGAUGGGAGCCCUUCUGGGAAGCGGUGGGUUCGGUUCUGUGUUCUCCGGACAGCGCCUUUCAGACGGACAACAGGUCGCUAUUAAACAAAUAUCCCGUGAUAGAAUUCAGCAGUGGGCCAAACUGCCUGGUUCAGCAAAUGCCGUCCCCAUGGAGAUCGCUCUCCUGCUGUGUCUGGGCGGAGGGUCCGGGUCGGGUCACCGCGGCAUCAUCCGAAUGCUCGACUGGUUUGAGAUGCCAGGUCAGGAAUACCUCAUUGUGUUUGAGAAACCCCAACAGUGCCAGGACCUGUUUGACUUCAUCACUGAACGUGGGGCCCUGGAGGAGCCCAUUGCACAAAGGUUCCUCAAACAGGUCAUUGAAGCCCUGCACUUCUGCCACUCCGAGGGAAUUGUGCACCGGGAUAUCAAAGAUGAGAACAUCCUCGUUGACACCCGCACCGGAGACAUCAAAAUCAUUGACUUUGGAUCUGGUGCUCUACUGAAGGACUCCAUUUACACUGACUUUGAAGGAACACGAGUCUACAGCCCUCCAGAGUGGAUCCUCCACCAGCGUUACAGCGCUCGUCCGCUCACCGUGUGGUCACUGGGCGUACUUCUGUUUGACAUGGUGUGUGGAGACAUUCCCUUUGAGAGGGAUGCUGACAUAGUACAAGCCACUCCAAGUUUCACUAAACGCAUCUCCAAAGAAUGCCAGUCUCUGAUUUGCUGGUGCCUUUCAUACAGGCCGGAGGAUCGGCCUAGUUUGGAGCAGAUUUUGCAGCAUCCUUGGAUGACCGAGAGCUCUGAGGAUGUUGAAUAUUUGCAAGCAAAAAGCAAUAUUAAGCCAAGCCUUUAAAUCCUGAAGGACUUUGGACUCGAUUCAGAACUUUCAAACACACCGUUUUGCUUUUACACUGGACUUCCUGAACUCUAGUUACUGGUUUCUGGAUUCUUCCUUAUUUAUUUUUUUGUGUGGCUGCCUUCAACGCUCAUGUUGUGUCAUAUGGACUUGGGAUCUAUUCUUCUAGAAGCCCAGAAUAGCCCUGGAUUGCUGCAGGUUUAAUUUAUGAAUGAAUAUUUCCCACGACUACAACCAUCACAUCUCAAUGCAACUUUUUUUUAUUUAUUGGUCAUUAUUUAUUUUCUCAGCCACGUACUAAUUUAUUUCUGCAAGAAGUCUCAGGAGCAGUAAACUGUGUUCAUCUUGAUUGUUGAAGUUCUAACUGACUUAAAUGACAGUAGGUGGGCCAUGAUACCUGGUUUUACAGGUUUCUGUUGUACAUUGAUAUUCUCUCCCUGUUCUAAGGGGUUUCAAAAAGACUUUGGAUCUGCUUUCCAGUCUUUUGACAGGAGGCCUGGCGGAACAAUAAUUUAGGCUCAUGCGGAUCUGUUCCCAUUAAUCAACACACACUCUCGAAGAAGGUGCAACAGAAGAGAAGAGGAACAUUCCUGUGGAUCCUGUUUACUCUAAAUCAACCAAUUCCCUAGAUGGAUUCCUCAGAGCCAUUACUAAGCCGGCUUUUAGUUUCUGUCCGUAUUGUUUGAGAAAUGCCUGCACUGCAACUUAAAGAAUGUUUUCAGGACGCUUUGUACUGAUCGAACUCAGAUAUGUGUCAGUUAGUUGGAAGUUCCCAAAUGUCAGCAUGUUAACUAAUGUCAGGAGGAUUUCAGCCACUAACCCAGUGUUGAUGUUUACCAGAAGGGCCUAUGGGCUUUUCCUCAAUGUCUGAUGUCAUUAUAACACACCAAAGAGGUCUGCUUACUGUCUUAUGUGAGGUCAACAUGCAUAAUGGCAAAUUUAUUUAAAUUUGAUUUGAAAUUUGUGUUUGGAUACAAAACAGCAUUGAUAUGUUUGAAUUCUUUGAUUUGAGAUU